UCAAUGAUAAAUAAGCGUUAAUUUCGGGAUCCCCACUGGGCAACCCCAGCCGCCAUUUUUUUUUAAGACCGGCCAGACCAGACUGUUUACACGUCUUCACCGGUAAUGGUAUUUUUCUGCUGCUGUUGCAAGAUUGGCGAUUUUCAUACCCUGUUUGAAAAUGGCUAAAGAGAAAGUGAUAAUCGAUACAGAUUGUGGAGUGGACGAUGCGCAAGCAAUAGUGAUAGCUUUGAGUAAACAAUUUUCUGAUACGAUCGACGUGAUAGGAAUAACUUGUUGCUCAGGAAAUGUAUUUGUUGCUAUGUAAAUUGAUUUCUUUUGUGAUUUUACAUACAUUCAAAGUUAAACAUUUGCUUGCUGAAAAAUCAUGCAGCCUUGCUGACAAUGUACUAUUUUAAAAGCAAUUUCUCAUUUGAGAGUAGCAAGAUUGUAGAAUCAGUUAAAAAGAUGUGGAGAUAGUAAAUCUGGAAGAACUGGCUUUGACAGUGCAGUAUGCCGAUUGCAGAUGAUAGAAACAAAGGAAGGGGGGAGGUUGUUUGUCUCAAAAGAAAUUUAGCUUUGAGCUUUUGAGAAUCGGCUGAGCUUAUUAUUAAUUCAGGAUCAAAGUGGAAAUUUUUAGAAAUUUUAAUAAACGUGUUACUAUUCCAUCUCCGCUUCUUUGCUCAAUAAAUUUGAAUUAGCUACAUGCAAUUAAGCAAGUAUUGCAUUGACCAAAUCAUCAUUGAACAGUUCGACUGUUGUAUUUAAAGAUGGCAGACCUUAAAGAGAAAGUGAUAAUCGAUACAGAUUGUGGAGUGGACGAUGCGCAAGCAAUAGUGAUAGCUUUGAGUAAACAAUUUUCUGAUACGAUUUACGUGAUAGGAAUAACUUGUUGCUCAGGAAAUGUGUUUGUUGAUCAAGUCACCAUAAAUGUUUUGAAAGUUCUUACUGUCCUUGGAAGACUUGACAUUCCUGUGUACAAAGGAUGUGAAAAACCAUUGAUACCUUCGGAUCUUGACACUACUCAUAUAUUUGGAGAAGAUGGACUUGGUAAUGUUAAAGACAUUCCUGAACCAGACCCAAGCAUGGUGCAGAGUGAAUCUGCAGUCAACUUCUUAACAAGAAUUAGCCAAGAAAAACCUGGAAAGAUCACUUUACUUGCUAUUGGACCAUUGACGAACAUUGCAUUAGCAUGUAGGCUACAACCCAACUUUGGUAAAUGUUUUAAAAAGUUGGUAAUAAUGGGGGGCAACUAUCAAGGUAUUGGAAAUACUGCAUUAUGUGCAGAGUUUAACUUUCAUUUUGACCCUGAGGCAGCACUUGUUGUGUUAAGUGAGUUUACAUCUCCAAUAAUAAUGAUCACCUUAGAGUUUUGUAGAAAAUAUUUCAUGAGUCAAAAGUUUUUGGAAAAUUGUUUAAACCAAGGUACUGCUUGUAGUCAUUUUCUGCAAAAAAUAACAGCAAGGUCACGACAGCUUCAUACUGAUGGAAAAUAUGGAUUACCCAUUGAUAAGAUAACAAUAUAUGAUGAGUUAGCAGCUGCUGUUGUAGUUAGUCCUAGCAUCGUCAUUUCAUCAGAACAUGUGUUUGCAACAGUUGAAUUAGAAGGAAAAUACACUCGUGGACAAAUGGUUAUAGAUUGGAGGGAUGUGUUGAAGAAAAGAAAGAAUGUCUCCAUUAUUAAAGAGAUCAAUUUUGAAUUGUACAAGUCCAUUUUUCACAAAGCCUUGCAGUAAAGUAUUCCUUUUGUGUUUUUUUUUUGUCAAAGUUGCCUUUAUUGUAAAGAUAUGCUAAUAUUUAUCAUAGAAUGUGUCAAAAAUAUAUAAAAUCCAUGACCUAUACACCAUUGGUGAACUGCCUUUAAAAUGAUUAGUGACUGUAUAAGUUCCUUAAUCAUAAGAAAAAAUCAAAACUUGCUUGAUUAAUUGCACAGUUAUUAUUUAGAUUUCUACAUGGGUGAUAUCAUUAUAUUCAUUGGAAAACUUUGUGACAAUUAACAUAGAUAUCAUAUUUGCAAAUAUAGCCAUUGAUUUAUUAACCUGUCAAUAAGAUAAAAUACUUGUGUGAGCAAUGUUGUAAAGUAGGUAAUAAAUAAAUCUGUAGUAUUGAUUAUAUAUUAAAGUAAUCAGCAGAGGG